CCCCCUCAGAAGAGCCCGGGAACUCCACCAUGGGAGGAGACACAGGGAGGAGGAUACAAAAGCACUGCACAAGACACACGAGUUUCGGGCGGACGUGAGAGGGAGGAGAGUAUACAGAAGACUACAUUUCCCAAUUUCCUUAUCUCUAUUGCUGCCCUUUGACUAUUGGAGCAGUGUUAUUUUCUUUUUUCCUCCAGGCUGCAUUUCUGAGGUGUCCAGAAGAGAACAGCAGGGAAGAAAGUGACAGUGAAUAAACUUCUUGUCUAUGACAGCAAACUCUGGGAAGAAGGAAGACCCCCGCCUGCUUAAUUCAACAUGACCCCCUGGAUGACCUUCAUAUUUUGGGGUCUUCUUUAUCUUGAUGUGGCAUCAUCUGACCCUCCAAACAUCAUCCUGAUCUUUGCUGAUGAUCUUGGCUAUGGAGACUUGGGGUGCUAUGGACACCCUACUUCCCGUACGCCAAAUCUUGAUCUGAUGGCAGCCAAAGGACUACGUUUCACAGAUUUCUACACCACCGGUGCGGUGUGCUCACCCUCCAGAGCCAGUCUCCUGACUGGUCGUUUCCAGACCCGUUCUGGAGUGUACCCUGGAGUGUUUUACCCCAGCUCGGUAGGUGGACUUCCUCUGAAUGAGAUUACCAUUGCUGAAGUACUUCAGUCUCGUGGAUAUGUCACAGCCAUGGCAGGUAAAUGGCAUCUGGGACUGGGAGCUAAUGGAACGUUCCUCCCCACACGUCAGGGAUUUCAGCACUUUUUGGGUGUUCCUUAUUCACAUGAUCAGGGUCCCUGUAAGAAUUUGAUAUGUUUCCCUCCAAGCACACAGUGCUAUGGGACAUGUGACUUGGGGGAGACCCUUCUGCCUGUGUUCAUCGAUGAGAAGAUCUUGCAACAGCCAGUGAACUUUACUGGACUAGUGCCUAUGUAUGAGCAAUUUAGCAAGGAAUUUAUGCGUGAGGCAGUGAGCAAAAGGAAGCCUUUCUUUCUGUACUAUGCAUCACAUCAUACACAUUACCCACAGUUUGCAAGUGCUCGGUAUACAGGGCAUUCUCCAAGGGGAAAAUAUGGAGACGCACUUCUGGAAUUGGAUGGAACAGUGGGGGAGCUGAUGAAGUCCGUGUGGGAUAUGGGAAUUCAGAAUAACACACUGAUCAUCUUUACUUCUGACAAUGGACCAGAGACAAUGCGUAAAGAGAGAGGUGGUAGCUCUGGUCUCCUGAAAUGUGGUAAAAGUACAACUUAUGAGGGAGGCUUGCGAGAACCGGCUAUCAUGUAUUGGGAAGAGAAGAUAAAACCAGGAGUGACCUCCGAACUGGCCAGCACUCUGGACAUUCUGCCUACAGUAGCAUCUUUAGCGGGCGCUCCUGUUCCCGAAGUCACUUUAGAUGGAUAUGAUAUAAGUAAACUUAUUCUCAAUGGCGAAAAGAGUCAAAGGAACACUUUUUAUUAUUACCCUCCAUCUAUCGAUCCAACCAGAGGGAUCCAUGCCCUGAGGAUGGGAAAAUACAAAGCUCAUUUCUAUACACAAGGAGCAUUUCACAGUGAAACAACUCCAGAUCCAGACUGCCACAUCACUGCACUGUUGACUGAACAUAACCCGCCAUUGCUGUUUGAUCUUGACACAGAUCCUGCUGAGAACUACAACUUGCUGAAAGUAGUUAUCCCUAAAGACCUAGAACCAAUUGUAAAUGCAAUCCAAAAUGAGCGGGAAAGGUUUCUGAAAAGUAUGACUUAUGCUGAAAGUGAAAUUAACAAAGGCAAAGAUCCUUCAUUGAGACCGUGUUGCAACCCAGAUUGCACACCUAAGCCAAACUGUUGCCGCUGUUAAUUCUACAGUAAACUUCAAUGAUUUUCUGAACAUGCCU